AAACACACACUCACACACUCACUGACACUUUUUAAACCCACUUCGAAGUUUCUGGCAAGUUGAGCGUAGUUAUAAACAUAUCCAUCAAGCACUCUCUCUAUAUCUCUAUCUAAAGAGAAACUACUCCAAAGUUCAAACAUGGGAAGAAGAAGAAGAAGCUCAAGCUCAUCAUUUCUAUCACUCUUCAUCUUCCUUGUCUCAUUCACUUCUCUCCCCAUUCCUUCUCUCUCUUCCGACACAGACACCUUUGUCUUCGGAGGCUGCACUCAACAAAAAUACACACAAAACUCACCCUACGAAUCCAACCUCAACUCCCUCCUCACCUCUCUUGUAAACUCAGCCACCUACAGUUCCUACAACAACUACACCAUCACUGCCUCAACCCCACAAGACACACUCUACGGCCUUUACCAAUGCCGUGGGGACCUUUCCAUGCCUGACUGUGCAACUUGUGUGGCUCGCUCGGUCACCCAAUUCGGCGUUUUGUGCCCCCAAACUUGUGGUGGAGCCGUACAGCUUCAAGGGUGUUAUGUCAAGUACGAUAAUGCUACGUUUCUAGGUGUGGAGGACAAGACUGUGGUGUUGAAGAAAUGUGGACCGUCGAUUGGGUAUGAUGAUGAUGCUAUGAGCCGUAGAGAUGCGGUGUUGGGUGCUUUGGCUAGCUCUGGAGGGCCAUAUAGGGUUGGGGGGUCCGGUGAGGUACAAGGUGUGGCACAGUGUGUUGGGGAUUUGAGCUCGGGUGAGUGUCAGGAUUGUGUGUCUGAGGCCAUCGGACGGUUGAAAAGCGAUUGCGGUGGGGCUGUUUAUGGUGAUAUGUUCUUGGCUAAGUGUUAUGCAAGGUACCAGACUGGUAGUGCACACAGUAUUUACUCCAAGGCUCAUCAUGAUAAAUCGACUACUGACGGUGAGAAGACAUUCGCAAUAAUAAUUGGAUUAUUAACCGGAGUGGCUCUACUCAUUAUUUUCCUUACAUUCAUAAGAAAGGUGUUCGAGGGACCAGGUAAAUAAAUUAUAUAUUUGUCAAAGUUAUCGGCACUCAGCACUCAAAUUCUCGACCUCUCCUCAAGUGAUUUGCUUUUUUAGACUCUGGCUCUUUUUGCUUCCUUUUUUUCCCCAAUGAUGCCUACUUUUCCUCUGCCUCUAUCUUUUUCCUUUGUUCUUCUCUUGGAUUUGCUUUAUUUCUCACUCCAAAAGGAGGAUUAUAAGAAGGAUUGAAAGACUUGUGAUGGGGCACUUACUUGGAAAAAACCAAAGUUUAAAAGGGGAUAAGAGGAGACUAAAAGAUUCCACUUUCUUUUCCUAUUGACAAAGCUGUUUUGUCUAAAUAUGAAAAUGGCAUAUUCUUUAUGUAAA